AUGCCAAACCUCUUUUUCACUCCAAUUCUCAACCCUCCUCUAGCAUGUACGACCACUCGUGUCGCUGGAAAGCCAAUCCGCUUCUAUGCAUGUAUGGAAAUUACAACAGACACUGGCAGCGUGGUCAUAAACCCUGAUGAACGGUUCGUAUUGAUGAUGUGGUACACUGUGAACGGUCGCGGUGCAUCGCGUUCCGCGUUGUUCAGAGAGAUUACAGCUUCCGAUGAAGAUAUUGUUAAAUUGUUCUAUGUUCAAGGGAGUGACAAAACCGCGAGUAAUAUCAACUUGCGAAGAGAUCUCUUCGUUUUAGAUCUAGAUUAUGAUUGUGACCAGGGACCCUUGCAGUUUUGUCUGAAUUACCGCUAUUCAGAUGGACCCUGGCUUCGUGCUGGCUCCCGUAUAGGUUCUGCCGAUGGCCGCAUCAUUUUCCAGAAAGAAUCAGAACAUAUUCAUCUCUCUGAUCUAUUCAUUCCUCUUGGGAAAAAAGCCCAUACAUGGGAUGCAAAAAUAGUAGAAAACGCCGAAGAAUCUCCUCAGGUUUGGAAUAUGACACACAAAAUCAGCACAGAGGAUGCUAUUGGUGAGGUAGCAAUAGGGAGGCCAAAAUACCUUGAGCAGUUUAUGGCGUUAGUUAAGAUUGCACCGCCAUGGAUUGGACCUGUCCACGGAAGAACUAGUUUUGAUGCCUCAAAAGAUGCUGUCCUGGUACUCUUCCAGCGGAGCUACGAUGGAAAACAUGUAGCGGUUCUUCCGGUUUCUGGGCUUGGAUCCGGGAGUGCCUAUGUUACAUCUUGUACCUCUGGAGAUGGCUCUAUUGUCGUCCGCGGAAGGAAUGAUGGUGAGGGGCCUAUAUCUGAGAGGAAAGUCCAGGUUAUUGUCGCAGUUGCAAAUGACCCUUUCAAGGCGGUCACAGCCGCUACGAACUAUUUAAAGAAACUCAUUAUGGAUAGUCGGGGUUUCGAGUCUACAUUGAUUGACCAGUACUCGAAAUUGGAGCUGGAAGGUGAGGAUAGGACAGCAUGGGAAGAUGGCUUGAGUUAUUGUACUUGGAAUGGGCUAGGUGCUGAUCUGGGUGAGGAUAAAAUUCUCAAGGCGCUGGAUGAACUAGAGAGAGCAGGUGUUAGGAUCGGAAACCUAAUCAUCGACGAUAACUGGCAAUCAAUCCCUCCAAGAUCUUACACUUCUAGUGGGACAUGGACAUCAUUUGAGGCUAAUGCAAUGUUUCCUUGCGGUCUGAAAGGGCUUGUUGAAAAGAUUCGGGCCAAGUGGCCAUAUAUUAGACACAUAGGGGUCUGGCAUGCAUUGCAUGGAUACUGGGAUGGGAUUACCCCUGGGGGCGCCAUUGAAAAUGCCUACAAGACAGUUCGACUAGGAUGGAGAGACAACGUGAAAUCAGUCGACAGAAAGUUAACAUUCAUUGCCCCAGAAGAUGUUGGGAAAUUCUACGAUGACUUCUACAAGUUCCUGAGUAGUUGCGGUGUUGACGCUGUGAAAACAGAUGUUCAAUGUCGUAUCGACGAGCUAAUAGAUGGAAAGGAUACUGCUAGGAUGGCAAGGGCCUAUCAAGAUGCUUUUAAGAAGAGCAGUAUUAAGUAUUUCGAUCGAAGGGCAAUUUAUUGCAUGUCUCAUGUGCCACAAAUUCUUUACCAUUCCCUACUCCCAGAUGAUAAUAAGCCUGUUUUCUUUAGAUCAUCUGAUGAUUUUUACCCGAACGUUCCUUCAACUCACUCAUGGCACAUAUUUAGCAAUGCUAUGAACAUGAUUCUUUAUGGGCAGCUAAACAUUCUUCCAGAUUGGGACAUGUUUCAGUCCUCUCUUCCGACAUAUAACACACUGCACGCUGCUGCUCGUUGUCUCUCAGGCGGCCCAAUAUUCCUCACUGAUAUACCGGGCGAACAUGAUGUGGACCUCAUCAAUUCUAUGGUUUCCCCUUCCCCAGCCAACCGCGCCCCUCGUGCACUGAGACCCUCGCAAAUGGCCAUGGCUAGCGACCCAUACGUUAGUUAUCAUGCGAGCAAACUACUUCAAGUAAACAAUACACACAAGCAUUCAUCAUUGCUUGGUGUAUUUAAUAUCUCAACUAUGGCACUGACUGAGCUCAUAAACAUGAAAACCAGCUUUCGUAACCUUGAUCAACAAAAAGAGUAUGUGAUCCGUGCGCAUACUACAGGGAGGAUCACUGAACCAAGGAGGGUUCUGGACGGCGAAGACUCUUUCCUGGUUGUUUCUCUUGAACCGAGUAAAUGGGAAAUCUUUACUGCAAUACCGGUAGAAGCUGUGGGUGUUAAAGAAAACAUCGUCAAAAUUGCGGCACUAGGAAUCAAAGAAAAUAUGACCGGAAUCGCUGCGUUGAGAGACAUUAGGUUGUAUAAGGGGGAUGACGAGGAUACAGUGACUAUACAGGCGGAUGUCUGUGCACUUGGCGUGCUGGUGUUCUAUAUCUCCGACAUCGCCAAGGAUCGUACCCUGGAACGAAUUCGCGUCCACGUUGGUAGGAAAACCCUUCCAACAAGAGUUUACUCGCUCGUAGAUUCGACACUGGAGAUAGAUUUGUUGAAUGCUUGGAAAGAUAUGGGUAUCAGUGAAGGGCAUGACGAAAGUGAGGAGGUAGUCACAGUCUCAGUUGAAUUGUCUUGA